GUAAAAUUAAAAUAUACACUAAAAAUAUUUUAUUAUUAUUGAUGUGAGCAAUAAGCUAUGCAUAUAAUAAAUAUAACCAAAUAAUUCCGUUUAUGAAAAAUGCGGUUAAAUGAAUGUGUUUUAGACUUCCUCCUGUCACAUGAUGCGGCUCGCGAAUGACUUCAUGCUCUGUCAUGGCUGCACGAGACAUAAACAUGCCAGUGGUUCUGUGAUUCAGAGCAUUAAACCAGUGCGAUGAUUAAAGCAGCGGUCACAACAAAUCAUUCUGACUUUAGGUUAUGAACUGUGUUUUGUGCGCCAGGUGAAGUGAUAGCGGAGUUGGAGAUCACAGGAAAGGAUCCGAUCAUGCAGACUGAAGCCGUGCUGGAGCAUCAGAGCUCCUGUAGGACGGGCUCCAAACCCUGGCAAUACAGUGAUCUGAUGGAAAAGGUGGAUGGGUAUUUAAUGAAGUACACCAAUCUUGUGACUGGAUGGCAGUAUCGAUAUUUUGUGCUCAACAAUGAGGCAGGACUGCUGGAGUAUUUUGUGAAUGAGCAGUCCAGGAAUCAGAAGCCCAGGGGCUCACUGCCAUUAGCUGGUGCGGUGAUUUCCCCCAGCGAUGAAGAUUCACACACGUUCACUGUCAAUGCCAUCAGCGGAGAGCAAUACAAACUCAGAGCCUCGGAUGCAAAGGAGCGACAGCACUGGGUCAGCCGACUGCAGAUCUGUGCGCAGCACCACACGGAGGCGUUGGGCAAAACAAACCCACCACUUCAGACUUGCAGUCUCUCCAUGGCAUCUCAGGGCAGUGGCAGCUCUCCAGGAUCUCAACACAGGGUCAACCAGAACUCAAAUGCCCUGCUGGGGCUGUCCCAGCUGCAGCGCAGCUCAUCUCUUUACUCCAGCAGAAAGUCGCUCCUGCCUGAUCACUUGCUGGAGGCCAGAGAGAUGAUGAGCCAGGCGCAGGGCCAGCACAGAGACCUGAUCCAGAGUAUUGAGGGUCUGCCCUCCUCCCAGGGACCCUCUCCUUUAGACCAAGACUUGCUGCUGCUGAAAGCCACCUCUUUGGCUACCAUGACCUGCCUCAGCGACUGCCUGCAUAUCCUGCAGCUCCAACAAGUGGCUCGACAGAAAGCUCCUCUUGGUGGCCAUGCCUUCGAGUGGCUGGAACCAAAACUUCCUGACAUCCUGAAGAAUGGAGGGACGCUGCCCAGCAUCACAAAAGAUGAUGAUAAAACAGAGGAAACUGUUCUGGAACCUUUAGAAAUGGACUCUUGUGAUAUUGCUUGGGAGCAGGAAGAGAUUGAUGCCACACAAGAGGUAGAUGAUUCAACUCCAGCCGAGGAGGAGGAGCUGAGUGCUGUUGAAGAGGAGCGCAGCAUCAUUCUGCACCUCCUCUCUCAGCUCAAACUGGGCAUGGACCUCACCAGGGUGGUCCUUCCCACUUUCAUUCUGGAGAAGCGCUCCCUGUUGGAAAUGUAUGCAGACUUCAUGUCCCAUCCGGACCUUUUUGUCGCCAUCACUGAUGGCUCCAGCCCAAUGGACCGCAUGGUCCGAUUUGUGGAGUAUUACCUCACUUCCUUCCAUGAAGGUCGCAAAGAUGCCAUUGCCAAGAAGCCCUACAACCCCAUCAUCGGUGAGACCUUCCACUGCUCUUGGAAAAUACCCAAGGUGACGACACCUCCAACAGUUUCGAACGAAGGGACCUCAUGCGCGUCGGACUGCUACAGUGUCCGUUUCGUGGCUGAGCAGGUUUCCCAUCAUCCACCUGUGUCCGGCUUCUAUGCAGAAUGCCAGGAGAGACAGAUGUGCGUCAACACACAUGUGUGGACCAAGAGCAAGUUCAUGGGCAUGUCCAUUGGCGUCUCUAUGAUCGGAGAAGGUAAUCUACACCUAUUGGAGCAUGGUGAAGAAUACACCUUCAGUCUGCCCUCUGCUUAUGCCCGCUCUAUCCUCACUGUGCCCUGGGUGGAACUGGGAGGAAAGGUCAAUGUCAACUGCACCAAGACAGGCUACUCUGCAGUCAUCACCUUCCAGACAAAGCCUUUCUAUGGGGGCAAGCUGCACAGAGUGAAUGCGGAGGUCAAACACAACCCCACCAACUCCGUGGUGUGUCGAGUGCAGGGUGAGUGGAACGGCGUGCUGGAGUUCACCUACACCAGCGGAGAGACACGUGUCUUAGACGUUACCAAACUCCCGGUCACCAGAAAAAGAGUACGACCCAAUGAGUUGCAAGGACCCUACGAAUCUAGGCGACUGUGGCAGCAUGUGACGGAGUCUCUGAAGGAAAGGGAUAUGGAUAAAGCCACAGAACACAAGCGAUUCCUGGAGGAAAGGCAGAGGAAAGAGGAGAGGCAUCGUGCAGAGACACAGACAGCAUGGAGGACCAAAUACUUUGAGCGAAAAGGUGAAGGCUGGGUGUAUUACCAACCACUGUGGAAAACAGAGGCCCAUAGCUCUUCCCCGGUCUCUCCUCCACAAAACCCAUGACCUCUGACCUUUUAAACCCUGAGUCCAGGCAUUGUACAGCAUCCUGCUGCAGUAAACCUCUGCUCCGGUGUGCCCUCUCUCACUGAUGAAGACAUAUGCUGUCCUUUGUAUGAUUCCUGAAACGUAUCUUCAGUUUGAGUGUUUGUAACAUGCUUUGUGGACUUCUGGGUUUGCACUAUGACGUUCAUAUUUUGCAUCCCUCGAUUGUUGUAGAACUACACAGUGAAUGAUUUCUUCAAUCCGCACACAGAUAUUGUUUGUUGAUGUUGCCUUAACGAGUGUGGUAUGUAACGAAUGGCUGAGUACGGCGUGACCGCUCUUAACAUGGGAUCGUCUUCGAGUUGAACUUCUGAAUCUUACCAUACCUUGGUGUUGACCACGGUGCGGGCAAAGGUUUCUGAUUCUUUUAAAAUCGUACUGACUUAUCAUGACUUAUAUGAUAUCAAAUGAUAUUUAAUAUUAGGGGAGCUCAUUCAAGUAGGUGAGGUUCAAAGGACAGGCUGCUAGCUGCGGUGUUAUUGCUUAGCCAGACGCAGCUGGAGUCCCGAUAAAAGAGAGAAACCAAUGGCUUGGCUUUCGUAUUAUACCGUCUUUUUCUCAUUCUCGCUCUGGUAAAUGAAGCUUGCAGGUGCUAUACACAAAAUCUGGGCCAGAUGGAAGUGUUGAGGUCGAGGCCUGCUCUUCUGUUUCUGCUUGAUGUUCAGUGAACAAUUACAUUGGCUUUAGUUUAGAUAUUCAACCCUCCCAAAAAUUCUGUCUUCACCCUCAUGGCAUUUAAAAUCUAAAAGAAUGACUUUUUUCUGUGGAACACAAAGAUAUUUGUUAAAUGUUUUUUUUGUGUGUGUUGUUCAUACAAUGAAAGUCAAUGGGGUAUACAGUAAGAUAUACAGGUUUAUAAUGAUAUAAGGUUGAAGUAAUGUAACCGAAUUUUUAUUUUUGGAUGAACUGUUCUUUUAAUGCUUAUGCACUUUAACAGUUUAAACCUAGAAAAAGAGCUAGUUUAAUAAUCUACUCUAUAUGCACAGCAAUAUGUGUAAAUGCAACCCGAUUAGACAGUAUUAUUGGAGAUACAGUAAGCUCUGUCAGACACCAAUCUGAUCGGUCCAAGUUAUGCAGUUUAAUUUCAUUUGAGUUCCACUUUGAUUCUACCUCGAUUGACAUUGAUAACAUUAAAGGGUAAGUCACACUUAUGUUGUUCUAUGUAGUCCAUAUAACAUGUGAGCUACAUUACAAGUCUUCUGAAGUCAUGCAAUGCUCUUAAAUGUCAGUCUGAAUAACAGACUGAAGUUUAUGCUAAUGACUGAUAUUUGGCUUUGAGUUUAGUAGUGGCACAUCUAGAUGCCUAGAUCUAAAUCAGCUUAGAUUUCAGGCUUGCUGCUGAAGAAAAAAAAAAAACACCUAAAACCAGUUGAUUUAGACAUCUUAGUUUGUCUGACUGUAAGACCAGCUAAAACUACCGAACUAGGUAAGGCUGGUUUUUCAGAAGACAGUUGUAUCCAAGUUUUAUAGAGCACUUUUAUGGUGUUUUAUGGAAUUCCGAGGUAUAGGUCACAAUUCACUGGAAAAGAGCAGCUUGGACAUUCUGCAUGUCAUCUCCUUUUGUACUUCAUUGAAAAUAAGAAAAUAAUAUGGUUUUUGGAACAACAUGAGGGUGAGUAAAAGAUGGCAGAAUUUUCAUUUUUGUGCAAAGUGUUUCUUUAAGCGCAAUCAGAUGUGUUGAUACACCUGUUCCUUUCUUUUUUGUCAAAUUUGAGUUUUCAGAGUUCUUUAAGAUUUUGUGUUCAGAUACUUCAUUGUUCAGUUUGCCAGCGGGGAACAGUGGGAGUGCUGCUGGCUGAAGUGUUGCAUCUCUCAUAUAAUCUCUGCUUCAGCCCUGGCAUUGGUUGUGCUGAGAAACUUGUGGUGCCUUAUUUGUGUUAGUUUUCCUCCCGUUCCACCUCACAGCCGUCAGCUUUCUCUUCAGACUGAAGCCACAGCCUUUGUACAUAUCUUCUUUCAUUUUCCUGUCAGCAAAAUACAGAAAUCCCAUGAAGCAUUUGGUACAUCAGCUGUGCUCUCCACUCAAGUCAUUCUGCUGAGCCAUCAACUGCACUGAUGUUUUAAAUACACUCCCCAUAGCCUCAGAAAAUAUGAUUGAAAAAAUAAAAUUGUUAAUAUAUUGGAGGAUGUCAACUGUUAGUCAACUUUUUCAUUUGAGACUUGAUGACUCUGUUUGUGUGGUAUCAAGAUAUGAAGGAAGUUCCACGGCUAGUUAAAAUGUUCUGCAGUGUGACAUGUUUUUUUAGCAUUAUGCAUGCAGCUUUAUGAGCUCAUAUUAAGACAUUGAAUGUUUUGUACUUCAUGAACAUUGAUUUGUCACAUUGAAGGAUCAUUUAAACUAAUCUAGAAAAGGGCAAAACUAAAGAGCAUUUUUCUGUCUUUAGAGUAAAAAAUUAUAAUAAAGGUAAUUGUAUUUCUCACAA